AAAUAUUUAUCGAAUCUUCUGUCUACAUUUACACUUUUGUGGGAAAUUUUGCGUACUAUAGUUUUGUUCGUUUGUCAUCAUGUCAUCUGUGAUAUGCUAGCCGUGUACUAUGUUACAUAGAAAGGUGUUUAGUAUGAACUUGUAACAUUUUAAGUUGAAUCGGACUCAGUUGUCGAAGAACUGCUUUGUAUAAAUUGAUGUAAUUACGUAAAUAAAUUACCAAUUUAACACAUAUUGACAUGGCUGCUCUAGGAAGGAAAUUGUUUAAGCAAGGAAUCGAGCAGCUCAAAAGCAAAGAGUUUCGCGAUUAUUUAAUGAGCACCCACUUUUGGGGUCCUGUUGCAAACUGGGGAAUUCCUAUAGCAGCAAUAGCAGAUACUCAGAAGAGUCCUCAAUUUAUCAGUGGAAAAAUGACAUGUGCUCUUUGCCUGUAUUCCCUCAUGUUCAUGAGAUUUGCAAUAAGGGUCCAACCUCGAAAUAUGUUGCUGUUUGCAUGCCACUUCACAAAUGAAUGUGCUCAACUAGUUCAGCUUGGUCGCUUUGGUAACUAUCAUUAUCUAGGAGGAGCCAAGAAACAAGAGAAGGAAGUGCACCAAAGUCAACAUUAAUGGUUUCUUCUUUGUAUAGUAAUGAAUCAAAUAUUUUAGUUCUUACCUUUCAACUGGAAAUUGGGUAACUGAUUGUUCAUAUAGAUAUAAUUAUGUUGUAAUUUUUAAUUGUACCUGAAUUGCUGGAUAUUUUAAAAAAUUUAAGUUUUCUCCGUAAUAUUUAUAAAAGAGAGCAAAGUUUUUAAAAUGGUGGCAACAUUAUAUUUGGUUGUAUGUUCUUUAUAUUUAAACUGAUGUUUGGGCAGGCCUCAACCUAAAGUGGUUUUAAACCAUUUCACUUAAGAAUCUCUGGUAUAUGGAGACUUACUUCCAGGGCCUAAACCAGUAUUUAGGUAACUGUGCUGCCAAGUCUAGGCAUAAAAUCAGAAUGGCAAGACUUCAAGAAAGUAAUACUGAAAACAGAAAUGUAAACACACCUUUGUGCAUAAUAAACUUUCACUGCCACUAUUUUACUAAUACUAUAAAUGUAAAUGGCAUUGUAGGAAGGCCAUAGACCUACUCUAUGAAGUGUACAUAAAUAUUAUGAACAGUCUUCAAUUUAGUUGGGUAACAGAUUUUGUAGAAUGUCCAAACUUUGGCUAAGGUUAUCGGAUUACUAACAAAUUGUAACCCUUGCAUAAUUUUACUCUUAGUGAUUAAAAGUCAUUAGUGUUGUAGUUUUAAAAUAAGGGCAAUACUCUCCUGUUGUGCCCAUAAGUCACUGAUUAUCAGCUUGCCAGACCUUGUUUGGAUUUUUUAAUGCUAUAUGUCAGUACCAUAAAUCAUAAUUGUCAGUUUUCAACUUCCCUUAAAGGUUUAGAAUUGCAUAUUUUUAAUUAAUGGUCUUGAAUUUUUAGCUUUGAAAUUUGGCAUCACUUGCUUCAGGUAAUAGUAAGUCUUGUUAGUGUAAUACACAAUGGAAACAGAAGUAUAACAAAAAUGAAAGGCUAUAUGAGUGUGUUAGUAUUGUUAAUAUUGAAACUUUUAUCUUUUAUGUGCUGUGUAUGGCUUUUAUGUUUAUUUGUAUGAAAACUGUUAAAUUUUGUUCAAAUUGUAUCUGCACUGGUAAUAUCUUUGUCAUAUAUACUUAUGCAGGUUUGUACAUGUAUUUAAUUCUGUUUUAUUGUUAGGGGCUGACAGAGUUUAACUUGAAUUGCAUGUAUCAACAUGAUACACUGACUGAAGUUUGUAACAUAAGAAAUACAUAUUCAUCCAGUUAAAGUUUAUUUAGUACAGAAAUAGAAAAGACAUGUUCAUGAAACUUGUUUUUUUGAAUAGACUGUAAGACCAUAAAUUAUGUUAUAGUUUUUUGUUGCUGGUUGUAUACUUUUUUCAAGAAUACAUUACACAUGUUAUUGACGUGUUGACAUACUCUUCA